AAAUAACACUACACACACUAGCUGCACUACCCUGCCCAUCUCCCAACAAACAUUACAGCGCAGGAAAUCUCGAAAGGACAACACCGUCAUUUCAGCUCUCUCUCUCUCUCUCUCUCUCUCCUCAGUUGUAGCUCAAACGACAGCGACAAGAAAGAGACACCCAAUUUUUUGGAUUCCGUAGUUUGCAGGAAACGAGUUUUUUUUCUUCUCUUUCCAGAAUUCGCCUCAUCGGUAGCGAUGGAGAGAUGCACGCCGGUGCGGAAGCCUCACACUUCGACGGCAGAUCUGCUCACGUGGUCGGAGAAUCCGCCGGAAUAUUCCCCCGCCACCGCCUCCUCCGCCCGUUCUCACCAGCCGUCGGAUGGGAUCAGCAAGGUGGUGUUUGGAGGUCAGGUUACUGAUGAAGAAGUUGAGAGCUUGAAUAAAAGGAAACCGUGUUCAGACUAUAAAAUGAAGGAAAUGACAGGCAGUGGUAUUUUUAAAGCAAGUGGAGAAAACGGAGCGUCAGAAGCCGAGGAUGAUGGCCAGACCCCACUAAACAAAACGGGAUUGCGCAUGUACCAGCAAACACUAGCGGGAAUCAGCCACAUUUCUUUUGGUGAAGAAGAAACGGUUUCUCCGAAAAAGCCGGCCACUCUGCCUGAAGUUGCAAAACAACGGGAGUUGAGUGGAACUUUGGAAAGCGAAUCCGAGGCAAGGUUGCAGAAACAAAUUUCUGAUGCCAAGAACAAGGAGCUAAGUGGGCACAAUAUUUUUGCCCCACCACCCGAAAUUCAACCCCGCCCCUUGGCCACUCGAGCUUUGGCAUUGAGAGAAAGCAUUACCAUUGGAGAACUCACGUCGCAUAAUGGUGCUGGAGGCCAGAGCAAUGGUGCUUUAAGCGAAGAAUCUGUGAUCAAGACAGCAAAGAAGAUUCCUAACCAGAAAUUCUCAGAGCUUUCAGGCAAUAACAUUUUUAAGGAAGAUGCCCCCCCUGCGUCGGCCGAGAAGCCACUGAGUUCAGCAAAGCUCCGUGAGAUGAGUGGCAGCAAUAUAUUUGCGGAUGGGAAAGUGGAAUCCAGGGACUACUUUGGUGGAGUUCGUAAGCCUCCUGGCGGUGAAAGCAGCAUUGCCCUCGUGUAACUUGUUAGGUUUGAUUAACAUGUUCUGAAGGUAAGAUGGAGAACUGGCUAAUUGAAUUGCACCUCAUGGUAUUGUACGGUGGUUUUGUGGUUAUGAAGUGUUUGGCCAUACAAUGAUUGUAUCCUAGUCUUUUUCCGUUGGCUUGCUAUAUUUUUGGGAUUUAGGACA